UCCACAUCUUCAAUGCAGUGAAAAAAUCGAAAUUUAAAACUCCUCAGCACUGAAAACUUCAGAAACAAGUGGGUGGCCCACCCCUAGGAAAAGCUGGACGUCCGUCGAGUGCCGGAUCCCCUAUAAGGGCUGUAUUUUCGCCCUCUGGCGAGUCACCAAGAUAGACGAACGAUAUAGAAACCGGGAAGUUAUCGAUCCUCUCCCUCUCGGCAUUUUCCAUCGAAAAUGUCCGCCGUCUUUCAGCUCAGGCGCACUGACAACGCCACCCCCUCAUCCCUCGUCACCUCUGACCCCUUCACCCAGUCUGCAAAAGGAGUUUUCGUGCUUCAACUCGGUUGACUAUACAAACUUAAUACAAUCAAUUAGUAUCGAAAAUGUGCUAGGAAUCACCAGUUCGUUCAUAGAAAUACUCAAUUAAUUAACCGCAACAACGGAAUUUUAAUUUAUUCCUGUGACGUGGGGUAGAUCGACGGGUCAUACCUUCAUACUUUACGUACCAGUCGUCGGACAUUAUUGCUUCAACAGUGAGGAAAAUACCUUCCACCGAAUUGCUCGAGAGACUGUCCUUCGAGCUUGCACAUAAUGCCGGCAGUGAAAAGAGAUAUUCCGCUGACAGCGGAAAGUCAAAAUGCGGCGCGUACUCUCAACAGCUCUCAAGUUCUCGCUACAUUACCCAGUGAAAUAAUUAAAUCAGGAACAACCAGCGAGGAGUCCGUCACUGCGGGUGUUUCGGAGGCUCCAACAGAAUCAACAGUCAAGAAUAUUGCGACAAAAUUUGAGAAUGUCGGUGAAGAGAUAGCAGCAGCAACAGGAAUUCCAACAUGGGGAGUAGUCGCCAUUUUCAUAGCUGUGGGUGCAGUGGUGCUGGGUAUUUGUUUCUGCUGUAUAAGAAGAUGUUUCCGCAAGCGUCGAUCAAAGGAUGGAAAAAAGGGUCUGAAGGGUGCAGUAGACCUGAAGAGUGUCCAGCUCCUGGGUGGAACAUACAAGGACAAGGUGCAGCCGGAUAUGGAGGAAUUAACAGACAAUGCUGAGGAGCCCGAUGAAGCUGAGAGCAAACAGAGCGAGGUCAAGCUUGGAAAGCUCCAGUACAAGCUCGAAUACGACUUCAAUUCAAACAGUUUAGCUGUGACAGUGAUAAAGGCUGAAGAACUUCCAGCACUCGAUAUGGGAGGAACUUCUGAUCCUUACGUCAAGGUUUAUCUUUUGCCUGACAAGAAGAAGAAGUUUGAGACGAAAGUUCACAGGAAGACACUCAAUCCUGAGUUCAACGAGACCUUUACAUUCAAGGGUGUUCCUUACGCUGACGCUAUGAACAAGACUCUGGUAUUCGCGAUCUUCGAUUUCGAUAGAUUCUCCAAGCACGAUCAAAUCGGAGAAGUCAAGGUGCCACUUUGUCAGAUCGAUUUGGCACAGACAAUCGAGGAAUGGCGAGAGCUGCAGAGUGUUGAGGGUGAGGGUGGACAGGACAACAAGUUGGGUGACAUCUGCUUCUCACUCCGGUACGUUCCAACAGCUGGAAAACUCACGGUUGUCAUCCUCGAGGCGAAGAAUCUCAAGAAAAUGGACGUCGGAGGUCUGUCCGAUCCUUACGUCAAGAUUGCCCUGAUGCAGAAUGGAAAACGAUUGAAGAAGAAGAAGACGUCCAUCAAGAAGUGCACACUCAAUCCUUACUACAACGAAUCCUUCUCGUUUGAAGUUCCCUUCGAACAAAUUCAGAAAGUAAAUCUCAUGGUAACAGUCGUUGAUUAUGACCGUAUUGGGACAUCUGAACCAAUCGGUAAAGUCAUCCUCGGUUACAAUGCAAGUGGAACUGAAUUGAGACAUUGGUCUGACAUGCUGGCAUCUCCAAGACGUCCCAUCGCACAAUGGCACACCCUUAAGGAUCCUGAGGACGGUGAUAAGAAGGAUUAAGAUAACACCACUCCCCCAUGAGGUAAUCUAACAAACGAAUAAGAGUCCAAAUCCUUAAAAUCCUAUUACUUUUAUUCUCAAAUGAAUUUCCAAAGCGUUAAACAUUAAAAACAAGAGGCGAAAUACUUCGAACUACGUUUAGACUCUUUUUAAUUUUUCGUGGAGCUGCUGAAUAAAGCUAUAUAACUGAUUAAAAACAACAUAAAAAUUACCGAAUGACAACUGAGAACGAGGUACCUAGUGGAUAUUAUCUAUCGAAUGAUUACUCCAUCGUUUAAAGAGAAAAAAAGAUAAUGCUGACGUCAUUAUUAUAGAAUUUAACUGGCUCUGACGAAGUGUAGUGUCUUGUAUAUACACAUAUAUAUACUAUACUUCUCUCUGUAGAUGAGUUUUAUUGUGCUGAAUGGUGAUUCAUUAUCCAUCGAUGACACCAACACCACACACAGCAUCUCCAUGCACACCUAGAGACAAAUUUGAUUUUGGCAUCUCGAGGGUCUUCAAUUGAAAUUCUCAAGGCAUUUAACUUGACACUUUUGUGAGCAUCGGUUUGAGUCUUGAAAGAUUCAACUUCAAAAAGUCUUGACUUGAGAUUUUUGUUGAUAAGGAAAUUUAUGUUGAGACUUAUGGAAAUGAAUUAUUAACGUUUCGAAUUAUAACUCUCGAAAGUUUUCACUUGAGGCUCAAAACUCGAGUGAAUUUGAGUCGUCAGACAAUUCAAAACUUUCGUUAGUUCUAGCUAGGGAUUUUUAUUAAUUCAAAUUGCUAAUAAGCCUCAAGUUAUUUUAAAAUUCGGAGAAUCUCAAUUUAAGUCAUGGAUUUAAUCUGGAAAUCUGGGAAGACUCGAGCUGAUGUCUUCGAAAGAAUGAAGUAAAAACUCAGAAGUCCCAAAAUAAAAUUUGAUCUCUUUAGGUGAAUUUGUUUAAUUCCAAAAAAUCUAGUAUUGGAGCGAAGAAUGAUUCACAUUUUCAUUCACCUGCAUAUCCCCGAUUAAUCAUCGUUAAUUCGAUACAUUAACAAUAAUUUUGUGUAGAUUUAGUACCCAUUGACGUUAUUUUAUAAAAAAAUGAAAUGAAUUUAGUAAUUCGUUGGUGGUAAAAGUUUAUUGUUAUACUCAUGCCAAUUGUCAUUGUUUGAAUUUCGUUGGUGACGUGCUGUCCCACAAUGUCUUCGUACGCUGAAAUAAUAAUCAUAAUUCAUAAUAAUUAUAAUAAUGAUAAUAACGAUAAGGGAACGAAGUAGAGAGCUGUUCAAAGACGAAAAUGCUAAUGACGUUUUGAGUUAUUUAUUGUAGACACGUCGUUAGUAUUUUUUGCAUUCACAAUUCAUUUAUUUAUGUCUGUUUAUUAGUUUGAAGAAUGAAAAUUCGGCAUUUUUUGAAUGAAAGGGGAAUCAUUUUUAUUUUCUAACGAGCAGAAGGUUCUGGAGUCGUAUGACAUUCUCGUAUUCAUGUCGAUGGAAAAAAAUCUAUUUUAAAAGCCUUGGAAUUACAAUGCGCCAUUUUCUCAACUUCUGUUAUAAAAAUAUUUGAAAUUCACGGAGAGACAUUAUUUAUAAAAAUUCCAGUGUUAUUGCUGGAAAAAUAAGAUCCAUUGUUUAAUGAGAAUUAGGAAUUUUCGUGUUCUCGUUGUUUUUGCUAAAAUUUGUAGAGUUCUCUGGUUAAAUUGAUGGAGAUUCGUGCAAAAAUUUCAGAUCAACAUGAGAAUAAUUCGCGUGUUAGCGCUUGAAUUUUUUAUAAACAAUUUCCCUCUGGGAAUACGGAGUGAAUUGAACAACAGGCCUAGAGUGUUGGUAUCUCUGCAGAUUUAUAAAAUUCGCGAAAUUACAACGCGAAUGAAAAAAUUCAUACGAAAAAUUCGCUUUCUCUACGAAAUUUUAUUGAAUUUCCUUCGCAACUCUAGAAAAUAUCUCCAAGUCUUAUUAGAAUUCCAAUUAAACCAAUAUACAAAUAAUUAAUAACAUUAACAAUGUGCAAUUUUAUCGUAUAAUUUGUUGAAAACAUAAACAGAAAAAUGCCAACAGAUUGAUAUUUUUCUAUAGAAAAUUCUUGCAUAGAAUAUUUCAACGAAUAAACUAUCCAUAAAAAUGAACAUCAACAAACAUUUUUUCAAUAAUCAAAUGUUUAUUUAAACCCGUCGAACGGCGUUGCAUAAUUUUUAAUCGAAUCCAUGGAAAAUUGAAAUCUUUAUAGAACUCCAAUAAUAUUUUAGAGUUCCAGGAGAAAAUCAAUAAAAUUCUCUAGACAAAAUUUUUCUAUAAAAUUUCUUCACAGAGCCGCACAAACAAAAAUUUGCGAUGAAAAGUGACAGACGAAUUGAAACAUCAGACAUAUAUUCUAGAUAUAUUGACAUACACACAUGCAUGUAGUUAUCCUGUAUUGUACAUAUUUUAUUUCGUUGAGCGAGUAUUAAACAUGUAGAACAUAAAUGAAAAAUUUGUUUCUCCAUUAAAAUUCCAAAAUAUUAACUCAUCCACUGAUUUCCGUAUAAUUUGUCCCUCAAUAUAUUUGUAAAUAAUUUCGGUAUCGCAACGGCCUUCUCCUAAAAAUCCCCUGAAAUGUAAUAAAUAAUCGGCACGAAAUUCUGCAGAGGAAAAUAUACACUAGUAUAUAAAGAAAUAAA